CCCCCCCCCAAAAAAAAGUACAUUUCUUUCGUAGGCAAAUAUGUCUACACACUCUACAUAGAGUCCAGAUUUAUUUUGUAGGCAUAUAUUGCACUAUACCUGUCCCCCCACCGCUGUUAAGACAUGUCUCUGACUGACUGGUCGGUUUAGUUUGGUCAGGGCUGCUGGUUAACAGGCGUUGCUCUUUUUUAAAUAGCACUGCGCAUCAGUACUCGCGAGUCAAACACCUUCAGAGGAAAAAAACAAACAUUUCUCUUCGCAUCAGACGCUUCAAAAUAUCAGGAAAUCCAAGAGGACCCAUUUGGCGCUAAACUUAAAAAUGUAUCUGAUGAACUUUUGAGGUACAACCCGUUAGUGCCUGCACACGAGGGGGGUGAAGAGGACAUCAGUGGAGGCGUGAAGGACCGAGAAGCCCUCCUCCGUAUUCGCUAGAAAUUCUCGUCUUGGAGGGAAAACCCGGAGGACGUAAAUUCAAAGCCACGGCGAUGGACGAUGAGAAGCUGGACUGGGCGAGCCUGGAGAGGGAGUUGCAGGCAGCCGUGGCUGCCGAUGCCAAAUAUGAGCGUGAGAACGACGCCAAGCUGCGAGCCAUCACGCAGAGAGUGGGCUCUUACGAGGAGUUCAGGGACAUUGUGUUGGCAUCGCACCUGAGGCCCUUGGAGACGUGCGACAAAGUGGGACUGGGCGUGGACUUUCACGCGCAGCGCUGGAACGCAUUCGCGACCACCAAGGAGGAGGGGAGUGAAGAGUCGCAACAUGAAACGCCACAGCCGUCGAAGGAGCUGCCGUGUACGGCGCUCGAGUUCAACCGCGACUGGCGCCGCCGCUCGUCCCCGGACCGCUAUGUGCUGCUGCUGCGCGUGGGCGCGCGGCGUGCGCGUGACCUCUUCCGCGCCGAGGUUGGCUUUGGGCUGCUAGGCGAGGCGGCCGUCGCGCUGGCCGAGUGCUUCCGCGACGAGGACGCGCCCGCCGUGGCCGAGCUGCUCGGAGCCCUCGCCGAGACCCCGCGGUUCGAACUCAACGUGCGCCUCCUCGGCGGCGCAGAGUUGGAGGCAGUCCGGAGCCUCUGCCGGCGCUUGGGGUCGGCGUGCGAGCGCCGGCGGCGGGCCACGGAGCGAUCGGCGGCCGGCGAGGAAACGGCGCCCGGGAGCGGCCCGAGAAACGACGACGGCGCUGGCCGACGGGAGGCGGAGAGCAGAGGCGUUGAGAAAGAGUUGGCGCCGGUAGAAGGGUGGCAGGCAGUGGGCGGGGGAGCCCGGGAGCUCACCGCAAAGUCGCUGGACCCUGAAGACUGCUUCACCUUCGAGACCGUUGAGGCUCUGAGAAAAGCCUUUGGAAUUGAGUGAGCAUGCCAAGGAUACAAUGGGGGCUUUUAAAGUUGGGAAUUAAGGCACCCAAUGGAGACGUUUGUUCUCCACCUACAGCUGGUCAUCCACAUUUCAACACGAGCCAUUAAAUAACUGUAGUUUAAAAAGAGGCAUCUGCUGUCUCAUGAAUCAGGUUUUUUUCCGUUUUAUUUAAUAGUUGAUAACCAGUCCCCCUGUAACGUUUUGAUAUACCACUUUAAAAUUAACUACAAGCAUAUAAAUACAGCAUUCAUUGGUCUGUAAUGACAGCAAAAUAUAUUAACUGAAUUCUCUCUUUGUAGUUAAUGUGCCUUACAAACCAGCCCUGUAGCACCGUGUCUUCAACAAUUCUGUGUUGUGGUCAAGUAUAAUUGGGUUUUAUGUUUUAUUAAUAAAGCCAUUUUUUUCUCGA